CACUUCAAACUGUAAGUGGUUCAGUCUUCACUCUUCACGCGUCUCCUUCACUCGCGUGAAACUCGCGUCCGUGAAAUUACGCAGCCCGGACGCGUUACAUCAUCAGCGCACCUUAACGCAGGUGACACAUAGGACACCCGGAAGAACACGAGCAUCGACAAUCACACCAGUCACUUCAGUUUCAGUCUAGCCCAGAAGAGCCGAGCAGAUCACAGUCAUGUCAGAGCUCAAGAAGAACAAGCUGUUUAUGGUGCUGAUGGAUGUCGUGUGUGUGCUCGUGGUGGCGAUGCCGUUCAUCAUAAUGACCAUCAUGUACCAGCCGUACCAGCGUGGCGUUUACUGCAAUGACACGACCAUCCAUUACCCCUACAGACCAGACACCAUCUCUCACAAAAUGAUGGCGGCCGUUACCAUUUCCUGCUCCAUUAUUAUAAUCACUUCCGGAGAGGCCUACUUGGUCUACACUAAACGCCUCUACUCCAAUUCAGACUUUAAUCAGUAUGCUGCGGCACUUUAUAAAGUGGUGGGGACGUUUCUGUUCGGCGCGUGUGUGAGCCAGUCUCUGACCGAUAUGGCUAAGUACACCAUCGGGCGCUUGCGGCCCAACUUCAUGGCAGUGUGCGCUCCUGCAGUGUGUAAUGGCUACGUGCUGGACAUAAACUGCACGGGAACCUCUCGCAACGUGACCGAAUCCAGGCUGUCGUUCUACUCCGGUCACUCCUCCUUCGGGAUGUACUGCAUGUUGUUUCUGGCGUUGUAUGUCCAGGCACGUAUGGCAUCCAAGUGGGCCCGCCUCCUCCGGCCCACGAUUCAGUUCUUCCUGGUGGCCUUUGCUAUUUAUGUGGGAUACACACGUGUGUCUGACUACAAGCACCACUGGAGCGACGUGGUCGUGGGUCUCCUGCAAGGGGCGCUGGUUGCAGUCCUCACGGUGCGAUACAUCUCUGACUUCUUUAAAGAGCGUCCCCCUCGCUGUCAGGAUGUAGAAAAUGCUGAAAACGAAGACAGCGAACGCAAGCCCAGCAUUCAGAUCUCAGACACGGACAGAAACCAUUACUCCUACAGCAGGCCUGCAUGAGCCUGGCCUUUGACCUGUGAGAGCAGUCACACAGAAGCACUGGAUGCUGCACCACGUCUCGUACAGACAGCCACACACAACUGUACACUGGCACUGACUGCGCUCUCUUCCACAGGGUCAUGCUCCCAUUUCACACAGACAGAGAGAGAGAGAGAGCGAGUGAAUGCAUGAACUAACACUGAAUAUUAGAUUUUAUACUUCUCUACAGACCGUGUUUAUACCCAAUUUUGUCUUAUGCACGCUCAUAUACGCCAAGUGCACAGAUCGCCUGACAUCUAAUGAACCGUGAGGGACUUUAUUGUAUCGGAGCACAAAGAUGAACUUCUCCAGGGGGAACUGGUCGUUUCCAUGACAACCUCAAAACCACCGGUUGACAUUUACUGACUUGCCGUGCUUCUGCUGUUCGAAGGGAUUCUUUCGGCAUGGGAAAGAAAGUGAUGUUUUCUAAGCCAUCAAAUGACAAGAAUUAAUGUUUCUCUAAGUAAGAAAUCCAGAAAGAGAAGUCUGAACAAGGUCUUUUUCACAACGACAAUUAGAUAUUUUAUACGAUUUUCUACAAUUUUAUAAGUGUUAUAUAUAUAUAUAUAUAUAUAUAUAUAUAUAUAUAUAUAUAUAUAUAUAUAUAUAUAUAUAUAUAUAUAGUGACUUAUUAUUUUAUUUAUUAUUUUAAUAAAUAAAAUAAUACUUUUUUUUUUUUAUAUAUAUAUAACGAAAUGUUAUUUUCCUGUGGCGGUAGGUUUAGGGACUUUUAUAAACAACAUUUUGGUGAACUAGUUAUUAUAUCCGCACACAUGUACAAGAAAUUCUGCAUAGCAUGCAUGAUUUUUAUAAAAUAACACUUUUUAGUGUUUAAUUUGCUGAAGACUACCAUGACAACUUGUGAUUUCAAUCUAGUUUUGUCGUGUCGCUCGCUCUCAUAACGAUGUCGUUUAAUGAAAACCACUAGCUAACCGAGACACAUAUAUAUCGGUAUAUUUCAUGGAAAUGAUUCUUACUAACCAACCUAUCCAGCAAUAAGGAUCAAUAUUAACUAUCAGAUUUAAUACGUUAAACAGCUGUUUAUGCUUGAAUGUUAUCACCGCAUCCUAACUACGUGAACGUGAAAAUGCUGCUUGUAAUUUUAAAAUCACAGCCAAUCGUAAAGCUGUAUGCUGUUUGUGGACCAAUGAGGAGUCACUAGGGGGCGGGGCUACCCAACGUGAAAAGAAACUGACGCUUGUAGAUUCAGACUUGCGCCGUUUUACCCGCGUUAUCGGGUUGAAUGUUUUCACAGCAUCAUGAUUGUUUAGUUUUAUGUGCCUGUUUCCGGUGAAAAACGCCUGUCGAAAUCACCAGCGAGUUCAAGAGUCAAGUUACAUUUAUUUUCUUCACGUCACGCUUUUCUAUAAGACGAAAUGACGUAAGCUGCGAUCUUUUGGUCUGUAAGUUUACAUGUAUUUCACCAGUGACCAUUUUAUCUGAGACUCACACUCGUCGUUUACUCUGAUUUACCUCAUUUUAUUCUUCUAAUUUGUGUUAAUUCGGAGCUCGAUCCGAGUCUCAGCAUCGAACGACUUUUUCCAAGACUGGAUGGUCAGAUGACCUUGAGAAAUAUUAAUAACAAAUACGCAAAUUGGGAUACAACCACUGUAAGUCUGUACUUUGCCAGUGGAAAACUAUUUGGGCAUGCCAGCUUGUCAUAAAAUCACCCCUUUGUCCUACAGCUAAAUUAAUGACCUUAAAAUGAAUUAUUAUUAUCUUUAGAUUUAGACACUAGAACUGUCUUUGUUUUCUACAACUACGAUAUUUUUCUAGAACUAAAAAGGAGAAUGUAACAUUCCCUUCUAAAAUGAAUCAUAUAUUCUAGCAUUUAUUUUUAACUUCCCCUCUCACUUAUUAUGUUAUUAAUGUGGGGAAACUUUCAAAAAUAAAAAACGUUCCUUCUCAUGUGUAAUUUAUGGAGGAAAAACAAUAUUUUUAAAUGCAUCAGAUUUUUUACCUGUCUCACCUGUUAUGUUGUUUAUGGAAAAAAAUCCAUUCCUUUCUCAAGUUUCAAGUUGACAGUCGCUCAUGUAAACCCUGAACAACAGAAUCUGCUGUCUACUGUGAGUUGCUAAUGCUGCAAUUUUUUAUGGACACUAUAUUUAGUGAAUAUGAAUGAUGUCUCCCUCUUUUUUGCUUCUAUGUGGAACAGAGACUCUCUUGUGAUUCUGAUUUAGUCACACAACCCGAACGGCCUUAAAAUAAAUGAGGACUGAGCUCACAGAGUGACUUACACACUGAAUGUGAAAAAGAUUGUGGCUCAUGUUUACACUUUUGCCAAUAUGUGUAAAAUGCAAGUAUUGUUUAGUUGAAUGUUUCAGAGCGAUGAUGAUGUUUUUGCGAGAUUGUUGUAAGCACAACUUUAAGUGCAUUAAGUUGCAUAAAUUAACCUAUUACAGUAUGUCAAAACCAAAAAAAAAAAAAAAAAGUCUGAUUAAAUUGAAGCUACUGAACUUUUAGUUUUCCUAAAAAGUAAUAAUUCUAAACCACUUAUGAUGCUUCGAGCUCCAGAAAUUUUAUAU